AUGGCAAAAAUAUUGCCAUAUUCGUUUUCUCAUAAAACACUUGCUUCUAAAAAUAAUAUUUUACCAUAUAAUCGAGUUGUUAAUAUGGAUUUUCGUGAUUUACCAAAAACAUCAGUUGAUUUUUUUCAUCAAAGGGAUUUUGAUUAUUUUUACGAUGCAAUGAGGCCAGUUCUUCAAGCAGGAAGAAUUUUUGGUUUAAUACCAGUUUUAACAACUGAUAAUAAUCGAGAAAUGCCGAUAUUUAGAGUAAAAUCAUUGUGGACAUGGUACAGCUUGGUAGCAACAGGAUUAGCUGAAAAAUAUAAAUGUGUUAACAAAACUGUUAUAAAUAUGAUUAUAAGCAAUCAAUAUAAUAUUAAUUGGUCACAAAUACGUGAAAUAUAUGCAAUUUUAAGUAAUCUUGUUAAAAAAACAGACAUUGUUAUUUCACCUUUAAUUAUAUUGUCAUUUUCUGCAAAUCUUUACUCUAUUUGCAAGCAAUUCUUUUCAGGUUUUUUACUACAAGGAAAUAUUACAUUAGGUGAUGUAUACUUUUUUGGAUCUUUUUGUUUUAUAUUAGGCAGAACAAUUGCUGUUACAAUAUCAGCAGCUCAAAUAAAUACUCAUAGUAAAGAAUUACUGUCAGUAUUAUUUUAUUGUCCAGUAUCAACAUUGAAUGUAGAGCCACAGUGGCUUCAAAAUCAAUUGGCUAUUGAUGAAGUUGCACUGACAGGAAUGAAAUUUUUUUCAGUCACUCGGAAAUUUAUGCUGAGUGUUGUUGGUACGAUUGUCACGUAUGAAGUUAUUUUACUUCAAUUUAACAGCUCAAAAAAAGAAUAA